UUAAGUAAGAGGAUGCCGCUACCAGCAGCUAUGAGCAGGACCGCAACGGCGAGCAGGACCGUAGUGGUGAGCAGGACCGCAGCGGUAAGCAGGACCGUAGCGGUAAGCAGGACCGCAGCGGCGAGCAGGACCGUAGCAGUGUUGGGACAAGUUGUUAUAUUCAUUCGUCUUGUGACGGCCAGUUCACCGCUUAUUCCUCAAGAAACAUUUAAAUAUAUUUCGAGGAAUUAUUGGCCUCCAGGCGCGGUACUUGAAGCUACUUCACAGCCAAGCUGCUCCGUCAUUAUCGUCCACCAGGCCCUCAGCAUCCCCUCAUCACAUUUCAUUGCAAUUAUUACAAAUAAGCUAGUGGCUCCUUCAGGAAUAUCAGUGUGGGAGGUGGCAGCGGACGGCCAGGACGCUAACAUGACGCUAACGCAGCUCCCCCACGUGGUCGACCAGGCUCGGCGG